AUGCGUCUGGCGCGGCGGAACGAGCUGACGGGCGGCAAGCGCCCCGAGCCGCCGUUCCCGCGGUGGAAGCCGGGCAAGAUCAAGGAGGUGUUCCUCACGCCCACCUACCCCUGCAAGCGCGCCGAGCGCCUGGGGGGGGUCGGGGCAGACGGAGAAGGAGGAAAGUGGGUGUGCAAUAUUCGGAAACUGAGAGGCGGGGGAAGGCGACCCAUCGUGUACAGCGUCGGCAGUGCAGGAGAGACCUCGUUUGAGCAGGCAGUACGGGAGCGCCUGCGCACAAAGGCGUUCACCUUCGAUCCGUUUCUGGACGACCAGCAGGCAGCAGCGCUGCGAGCCAAGCACCUGCUGCGCUACAUCCCCAUCGGCCUGGGGGCGGGCAAGCAGCUCUCUGCUUUAAGGCGGGGGGCGCCGGGGAAGCGGUUUGCCACGCUGGCCCAGCUUAUGGGGAAGCUUAACCACUCGCACAUUGAUGUGCUUAAGAUUGACUGUGAGCGCUGUGAGGAGCGACUGAUGGAGGAUCUGCUCAACACGUUUGGCAAGGAGAAUCCGCCAGCAGAACAAAUCUUAGUGGAGAUUCACCAGAUUCGCCACGUGGCCAGGACCACCCAAGUCCUCUUCCCAUUGGAGGACAUGGGUUACCGCCUCUUCAAUGCAGAGGCCAACCCACGCUGUUGUCAUUACCGGUGA